AUUUCUAGCACCCUCAUAAAAUCUGAAAUGUAAAACUUUAACAAUGUCAUUGAUUAUCUAAAAGGAGAAGUGUUGGAUAGAGAGGAGGAGUGGAAGAAGGAAAGACUUGAAUAUUAAACUGCAAUAAUGGAAUUGAAGGGAUAAUUGGAGGAAUAGAGAAAUCUGAACAAAUAACUAAUAGAAAGACUUGAGAAAUUGGAGCAAUUCAAAGUUUCUUUCAAACCAAUUGCAGAUAAUUUAAAACUACAAACAAAAAAAAAAUUCCAUCAUCGGGUUAAGAGUGACAAUGGAACAUUCUUAAAAAACGAAAUGAAUGAACAAAAAUUAAUAACUCAACCAAACAUCGAGAAAAUAUUGUAGAAGGACAAGAAGCCUCUCUUAUAAAACUUUCUUAAAGAGUUGAAAAAUGAAGAUGUUCAAGAAGAAUAAGUUUAAAACUAAAUUUAAAUCCACUCUCCUAUUAAUUUGUAGUUGCUUUAAAGUGCCAAAAUAAACCAAAUCUUAAUUAACCAAAAUACAUACAAUACAUGUUCACAAAGAUAAAAACAUCAUCAUCAAAGAAGCAACAGCAAUGGAGCUUCAGAAUUACUCAACUUUGCAUUACAAAGGAAGAAACAAACGCUGGAAACUAGUCAGAAUGAGGUGAACAGUAUGAGUAUGACUGAAAGAGAAAUAAUAGUCGGAAAGGAGAUCUUCUCAACAAAAGGCUAAUUGAGAAGUCAUUUGGAUGGAGUAAGGUCAAUUAUAUUCCAAAAUAAUUAUAUUGUGACUUCUUCAGAGGAUUGUACAAUAAAAUUGUGGAAUCUCAAUGAUGUUCAAUAAAUGAAUGCUUAGACUCAUUUAGAACCCAUCCAAACUAUUAGAUAACAUGAUCGACCAAUUUUUACAAUGACUUCCUACUUUAAAUCUCCUCAAAUACAUUUGUAUUCUGCAGGAGUUGAUGGCACCAUACGAUCCUAUAUAGUGUCUACAAAUCAGUACUUUUCAUGGCGUGCCCAUACGGACGUGAUUUGGUCAUUGAAACAUCAUCCACAUGAUCAGAGAUUGCUGUCGUCUUCUGCAGAUGGAUCUGUAAAGAUGUGGAAAUCUCUAGGAGUGUGUUAUCAAUAUGAUCUAAUAAGGAAGGGGAAUUUGAAUUUGGAAAUGCUGUAGAAUCCUUUGGCCAAUUUCACCUUUAAGAAAUCUAUGACUGGGUUAUCCAUACCUACAGCCAUUGAAUGGAUUUGCAAGGGAUUCAAUGAAAAUAUUAUUUGUGGAUACAGUGACACUUUGACAUUCAUCGUUUAUGAUGUGACGACUGUUAAAGCCAUUUAAUAAAUUAGAUUUGAUCUUGACAAUCAAUUCAAUACCUUUGCUUAACCUAACAGAAUUCUGUUUAAUAAUGAACUCAAAUAUAUUGUUUCGGGUCAUGAUGAUCAUAAAAUUAGAUUUUUUGAUUUGAAUUCAAGCAAAGUCUGUAAGACUCUUAUUGGCCAUACAGAUGCUGUCACUGAUUUAUGUUUAUUCUCAAAGAAUGUAUAUCAAUUGGCGAGUGUGAGUCAUGAUGGAAGUAUGAGAACAUGGGAUAUUCGAAAAUUCUAAUGUUUACACGAAAUACCAGCACAUAAAUAAAAGUAUGACGAAGGAAUAUAUACAAUCACAAGCAAUAACUAGUAUGUAGCUACAGGAGGUGCGGAUGGGAUAGUUAAAAUCUUUAAUUAUCAGGAUGUCAUAUGAAUUUAACCACUUUAAAUGAUAUUUAUCAUUUGUUUAAUUUUUUUAUUAUUAAUUUGAAAUUG